GGAGGGGAGGGUAUGAUCGCGAGGGCUCGGUUCUGGGUUCUCUCAGUCGCUUCUGACACGUCAACACGCGUCUAUGAGCACACAGAACAGCCUAACCUCGGAUAUCAGCGAUAAUCCAAGGUCCAGGAUCCAGUAGGGGGAGACUGAGCGGCGGACGGAGCUUCACUCCGCUCAUCGCCGCCUUCUCGGGCAUGCUGGGUGGAUGAAGUCCACACUCGCAGCGUCUUCAGUCCUCAGCGUCUUCAUCCCGGCCAGAAUCGCCUGAGGCGCUGCUGUGUUAGCGUAGCAGACGGCGAGGCUGAAGUGAAAGUGAAAGCCUGGCGGUUGUUUGUUUUUUUUUCUUUUGGAAAGGAAACCGUCGUCACCGCCUCAGUGAUCUGAGAUGUGCAUGUUUCCUAAAAUAUGUGUCAUUUACCAGCAGACGGAGUCGCUCUCGUCGCUCCUGGUCGUUUUCGUUGCUUUGGACAUGCGGACAUCAUUUCUUCUGUUCAUUUUAACUGCGGCCAAACACACCUUCACUGGGGUGUACGCUGGUCCAUCAAUGCCGGUGUCAUCCACUGUUAGGUGUGAGGCUCCUGAGCCGCCGAAAAAUGCAAAGACACCGGACAAGUUAGAGUCCCGGUUCCGUAUGCAGUGUAUAGACGGCUAUGUAAGGAAGGCCGGGACAUCCAACCUUUACAGAUGUGAAGAAAAAAACCACGCGUAUUUAUGGGUGAACCUCCCAUCUCUGACAUGUAUACCUGAUCCAUUAAAGCCGAUACCAACUGCUGGUCCAACAUCAACAGCACUUACAAACACACAGGCCCACACACCAGCCCCAAAUCUCACUCUUUCAACAUCCAGUGCACCAGUGACGACUUAUUAUACCACCAAGGGAAAAACACAGAGCACUUCUACAACAUCUGGACAGACUGCCUUAACAACAACACACACAGUUCCCACAACAACAGGGACUUUCGUCCACAGGACAACAACGAAGGAGGAGACCACAACCAAUAGGAAUACACUUUCAUCUUCCUCUACCUUGACAAUCAGAGAAAAUCUGACCACAGUUUCUCCACAGUUCACACACUCAAGCAUCAACACCACCACGACAGUUACAAACACACAGGCCCACACACCAGCCCCAAAUCUCACUCUUUCAACAUCCAGUGCACCAGUGACGACUUAUUGUACCACCAAGGGAAAAACACAGAGCACUUCUACAACAUCUGGACAGACUGCCUUAACAACAACACACACAGUUCCCACAACAACAGGGACUUUCGUCCACAGGACAACAACGAAGGAGGAGACCACAACCAAUAGGAAUACACUUUCAUCUUCCUCUACCUUGACAAUCAGAGAAAAUCUGACCACAGUUUCUCCACAGUUCACACACUCAAGCAUCAACACCACCACGACAGAAGUCGAUGGAGAGAGCAAAGCACCGGUUUCAGAUCCAACCAAAAAUGGAAUAGCUGCAGGGACAGUAUUGAUCUUGAUUGUCGCCGUGGCAUCAGCAGUAGGAGUUUUUCUCUGGUGUCGACGUUCAAGGAAACGAGAGCUCAAUCCUGCGGAGGAGAUGAUAUCACCGGCCCCCAGCUCAGAUAAGCCCUUGUUAGAACUGGCCACCAGUACGAGCUUUUCAGAUUCUGUCCAAAAUCCAGACUCACUUCCUACUCUUAUUGUCCAGCAUGCCUGAGCUGUUAAAGCUGAGAAAUAUUAAUAUAUUAUUAUAUUAUGUGUGAGUGUGUGUAUGUAUAUGUAUACUGAGUGAGAGGAAUGAGUGUGUUUUGCUUGCCAGCUUGAUCUUUAACAGAAAAUAUGAGAUAUAUGUAAAUAUAUAAAUAUAGGACAAUGAGCAUUUUGUCAACAAAAAUAAAUAUUUCAUAAAUAUUAGCACCCCCACAUUCUUCUCCUAUUCUUCGAAACAAAAUGUAAUGAAAUUAAAUGAUACAAAGAAAGUGGAAAAAAGUGUAACCCAUCCUUGUCAGGUCACAAACCGUGUUUAAGUAAUAUUCAUAUAGAAAAAGUGACCAGAAUGUAAACACAUUCCUUUACAAUAUCCUUAAGACAUGUAGCCAAAGUGGCCUUUUUCUUUCAGAACAAUAAAUUUUACAAGAAAAAUUAA